CAUCAGCAACGCGGCAGCAGCAUAUCUCGCUCCGUUUUUUCGUUCGCCCAUUCCCGUUUGCGGCGUCUAUCGGUGAGGACGUGCCUUUUCCCAAGUGUUCUACCAUCAGUCGUCAGCUCCUGCGUGUGUCGGGUGUGUGUGUGUGCGGAUCGCUAGUAGCGUCAAUCAGCAACAGCCGGAGAAUUAGUGCCCGCGCGCAGAUCAACCGGUGUGUGACUUGUUUUGCGAGAACAGGGAUAGUGAGCCGCGCUCGAGUGUGGAGUUUUCCCCGGGAAUCGGUGUGGAUAAUUCAACAAGUGAUUUUUGUCGUUUUCCACAAACGAAUAAGCAUGCGAAGGAUUCUACUGGAGAAUACGAAGGGAAAGUGGACCGAAAAGUUGAACUGCUGACCCUGUGUGAUCAAUCGUUAGCUAAACUAAUUGAGAUCGAAGCAUUAAAUUGAACUUAAUUGACCAAUCGCAAACGAAGUGUUUUUUUAUAUUUAUUGUGUCUCUGUGUGAUAGUGCUCAGUGCUUAGAAUGGCAGAGGAAAGUCUUCACGUGCCUGAUACAAACAUCGACUUUCAUAUCGUUCAGUUGUUUGAACGGCUGGAAAGCCUCCGGAGGGAACCGGGUGGGGCCAAACACUCCAACGCCCUCCAGGGACGAAUCAACAUGCACAACGAACUUCGUAGUUUGGAGUUUUGGAGAUCGAUAACCGCCGAGUGCCUGGCGUCCUUCUUCUACGUGUUCAUCGUGUGCGGAGCAGCAGCCGGAGCCGGUGUCGGGGCCAGCGUUUCAUCGGUUCUACUCGCCACGGCCCUCUCGUCCGGAUUCGCCGUCACCGCGCUAACCCAGUGCUUCCUGCAUGUCUCAGGUGCCCACAUUAACCCGGCCGUAACCAUCGCGCUGGCGGUAACCCGCAUGAUAUCGCCACUGCGUGCCAUUCUCUACACGACAGCACAGUGCGGUGGAUCGAUAGCUGGUGCUGCCCUGCUUUACGGCGUGACGGUUCCCGGCUAUCAGGGCAAUCUGCAGGCGGCAGUGUCCCACACCUCGUCCCUGGCGGCCUGGGAACGAUUCGGUGUCGAGUUCAUCCUGACCUUCGUCGUGGUGCUGUCCUACCUGAUCUCGACUAAUUCCUACAAAAAGUACUUUGGCUCGUCGGCGAUCGCCAUCGGUGCGGCCUACAGUGCCUGCAGUUUCGUCUCG